AUGCCCCGGGACGAGCGAGGGGCGACAGUCCGAACCUUCCUCCGAAGGAGGAGGCUGCGGGACGAGCGGGCUGCCGGCACUGAGGACACCCCGCUCCCAGUGCGAUGCUCCCACCGGGAUAUUCCGCAGAAAACCGAAUUCCAGCGCGUGUUCAGCACCACUGGAGGCUUCCACGAAAGCUCGGCGGGCGGAAGCCGAGCCCUCCCCCCGGGCCGCGCCGGGGCCGCUCCGGGAACGCGCCGGGAACGCUCCGGGGUCGCCCGGGGGCCGCUCCGCGCCGGGGCCACCAUGGCUUCUUCCAUCGGCAGCUUCUUCCGACGGAGCCUCCGGCGCCCCGGGCGCAGAGAAGGAAAGGACGAGGCCUCUGCUGCAGAAAACAACCCCCCCCGGGUGCCCCAGGGGAAGGUGGGGGACAGGAGCUCGAUCCUCUGCUCUGGGCAGUUCUUCUUCGAGUACCUGGUGGUGGUGUCGCUCAAGAAGGUCUCAGAGGGACGCUACGAACCCAGAAUCUCCUACCAGUUCCCAAAGCGUGAGAACCUACUGAAGGGCCAGAGGGAGGAGGAGGAACGUCUGCUCACAGCCAUCCCCCUCUUCUGCUUCCCUGACGGCAACAACUGGGCCCCUGUCACCGAGUUCCCAAGUGAAACCUUCUCAUUCGUGCUGACCAACGUGGAUGGCAGCAGGAAGAUUGGGUACUGCCGGAGGCUGCUGCCCUCUGGCCGGGGCGUCCGGCUCCCGGAGGUCUUCUGCAUCAUCAGCUGCCUGGGCUGCUUCGGGCUCUUCUCCAAGAUCCUGGACGAGGUGGAGAAGCGACGCCAGAUCUCCAUGGCUGUGAUCUACCCCUUCAUGCAGGGCCUGCGGGAAUCGCCCUUCCCGGCUCCCGGGAAAUCCGUCACCAUCAGGAGCUUCAUCCCCGAGUCGGGCACUGAGCUCAUCGAGCUCACCCGGCCCGUGGAUGCCCGCCUGGAGCACGUGGAAUUCCAGGCUCUGCUCCAGCGGCUCAGCCCCGACCUCAUCCUGCACAUCUUUGCCUCGGCCGUGCUGGAGCGGAGGCUCAUCUUCCUGGCAGAGGAGCUCAGUGUCCUGUCCCAGUGUAUCCACGCCGUGGCUGCUCUGCUGUACCCCUUCACCUGGGCACACACCUACAUCCCUGUGGUCCCCGAGUGCCUCCUGGACACCGUCUGCUGCCCCACGCCCUUCAUGGUGGGCAUCCAGCUGCGGCACCUGGAGCGGGUCCUGGAGCAGCCCAUGGAGGAGGCCCUGAUGGUGGAUCUGUGCCAAGGGAAGAUCAUCCGGGCGGUGGGGGAUGAGGAGCAGAUCCUGCCCGUGAAGCUGCAGAACGAGAUGCUGACGGCCCUGACCAAGCACAACUACAACAACAACGUGCUCAGUAAGGAUGGGUCUUUAUUCCCACUAAACACAGGCUGGAGCUGCCCCGGGGCCCUCGGCCAAGGGACGCUCCUGAAGGGACCUGGACCGGGAUGCUCCUGCCCCUCUUUGCAACCAAAUGCAGCCACAGGAGGGAAAUCCCUUGGCUUUUCCUCUGUCUGCUGAAACCUGUGAGCAGGAACAGCGAAUUCUGCUGGAAAAAUGAAGCUUGGCCAAUGUAAAGGGUUUGGAAAGGAACAACAGCCAGGGCUCCCUCAGCAAAGUGGGUCUGGGGUUUGGUCACUGGCACAGGGGCUUGGAGCGAGUGAUUCCUUGGGGUGCAAACACAGAGCAGGGUAAAAUAUCAUCCAAUUAUAUAUUAUUGAGCCAUUAGAGAGUGUCCAAAGGAGGCAAUGAGGAGGGGGAAGGGCCUCAAGGGGCUGAGGGCACUUGGUGUGUUGAGCU